GAGAAGGUGGUGCCCAGCUAGUUGGCUCCCGCCUUUGGCAAUAAUCAUUAAUAAUUUCUGCAUCAGAUUGAUCAUUCUUUUGUCGUACAAGUUUACUCCUUGCAUAAGAUUUUAUGCAAUAAGGAUUUACUACACUAACAAAAUGUCCAGCAUUGUGUAUAAAUUCAGGUAAAGCUUCACUGUAGCAACCAGUGGAUUCCAUACAUGCCUUUACUUCUGCUACGUUAUGCUUUUGUAGAAAACUCAGCAGACCUUGAAAUCCAUUUUUUUCUAGUUUCACGUUUCCCUUUUUUACUUAUAAACGAGAGGAAGACAUCAAAACGAUCUUUCGAUACGUCUAUGCCUAAAAAGUUUUUGAUCAUAUAUAACUUCAUACAUUACCAUUUAAAGUGAAAAGUAAGGCUAGUCUUGUGAAUAAAGAAUUAGAACCAUUUAGGUCUUUCUACGAUACCGUUCAGCCUAUACUUUUGAGAAGGGGGCUCUUAUCUUUUUUACAAAUUUUAUAUCUAAGUAUGCACUCAGAGUUCCUCCCUUCUCCAUCUAACGCUUAAGCUUAAAACAUUAGAUGCUUUCUUCAAGAUACAAGUACAUGUAUUUGUGAGAACGCGUUACAUAAAAAUAGGGUUGUGAAAAUAAAGGUGUGAAAUUAUUUCAACAAAGUUAGGUAAUUUAGUUCAUACGUAAAUUUAGUUAAAGUAGGCUAGUAUAGCUGGUUUUGCGAUAGAGUAGAAUUACUAUAAAGAAAAGUUCGCAUGAUUCACAUGGUAGACCAACGCAUCCCAAAACAAAAAAACUCUCACGCUUGUUGUUUUUAAUUAAACAAAAGUAACUAUACUAUUAUAGUGAUAAAAAACAUGAAUAUAUAUCUAUUGAAAAGUAGUAUUAUUGGUCAUAAAAAAAUAACUUUGCUUUGCUGAUUUUUAUUGCUACUAUGCAAUUAGAGGUUUUGCUGUUACCAUUGCAAAAUACUGAAAGCUCCUCACAUAAACGAGGUGGUUAUUCAAGGAGUCCAGGUAAGGAAAAUAGUGAAAUGAGUAGAAAACGGAAGCAUUCUGUUACAGACAAAGAUAGUACAGUAUUGAAGAAGCUGUGCUAUGAAGAUUCAGAAUUUCCUAGUGAUUUACAAGAUGAAUCUAGACGGGAUUUGUCUAAUGAAGAAAUAAUAUUUGCUAAAAGUGUGGUUGGUAGAGAAGGAACACCUGAAUUUGAUCAGUUCUUAGAUUUUUUAAUUAGAGAAAAAAGACUAGAAAUUCUGAAAAGAAAUGAAAUAAAGCCAGCUAAUAUGUCCAGUAUUUUAAAUAGAGCACGAGCUAAAGCUGCAAAAGCUUUUGAAGAAUUAUAUGACCUUUGGUUUGAUGCAGAAGGAAAUAAAACUCAAUAUUUAAAAACUUUAGAAAAAGAAGGAAUAAAUCUAUCUAGUAUGUCCAGUAUUUUAAGUAAGGCAGGAGCUAAAGCUGCAGAAGCUUUUAAAGAAUUAUAUGAUCUUUGGUUUGAUGCAGAAGAAAAUAAAACUCAAUAUUUAAAAACUCUAGAAGAAAAAGAGAUGAAUUUAGCUAAUAUGUCUAGUAUUUUGCAUGGAGCAGGAGCUAAAGCUGCAAAAGCUUUUAAAGAAUUAUAUGACCUGUGGUUUGAUCAGAACGGGAAAAAAACACAAUACUUAAUAAAACUGGAAGAAAGUAGAGUAGAUCUAGUUCGUAUAUCUAGUAUCUUAAGUGGGGUAGGAGCUAAUGCUACAAAAACUUUUAAAGAAUUAUAUGACCUUUGGUUUGAUACAGAAGGAAAUAAAACUCAAUAUUUAAAAACUUUAGAAAAAGAAGGAGUAAAUCUAACUAAUGUAUCCAGUAUUUUGGGUAAAGUAGGAGCUAAAGCUGCAAAAGCUUUUAAAGAAUUAUAUGACCUUUGGUUUGAUGCAAAAGGAAAUAAAACUAAAUAUUUAAAAACUCUAGAAAAAGAAGGAGUAAAUCUAACUAACAUAUCCACUAUUUUAAAUGGAACAGGAGUUAAAGCUGCAAAAGCUUUUAAAGAAUUAUAUGACCUUUGGUUUGACGCAGAAGGAAAUAAAACUCAAUAUUUAAAAACACUAGAAAAAGAAGGAAUAAAUCUACCUAAUAUAUCCAGUAUUUUACAUCGAUCAAGAGCUAAAGCUGCAAAAGCUUUUAAAGAAUUAUAUGACCUUUGGUUUGAUGCAGAAGGAAAUAAAACUCAAUAUUUAAAAACUCUAGAAAAAGAAGGAAUAAAGCUACCUAAUAUAUCCAGUAUUUUAGGUGGAGCAGCAACUAAAGCUACAAAAGCUUUUAAAGAAUUAUAUGAUCUUUGGUUUGAUGCUGAAGGAAAUAAAACGAAACAUUUAAAGCACUUUAUUAAGAAAAAAGAUGGGGACGAAAGUUUUACGCUGCAUAACUUAUCUGGUAUUUUAAGUAGGGCAGGAGCUAAUGCUAAAGAUGCUUUUGAAAAGUUGCAUAGUGUGUGUUUUUAUGACAAAGGGAAAAGAACAGAACUUUUAGAUGAUUUCUAUAAGGCAGGUUUUAAGCCAAGCAACUUAUCCUGUAUAUUAAGUGGAUCAGGGGUUCAUGCUUCUUCUACUUUAAAAAAACUGCAUAGUGUUUGUUUUAAUAAGAAAAGGAAAAAAACCAAGCUUUUAACUGACAUAUAUAAAGCAGGUUUUAGGCCAUGUGAUUUAUGUAGUAUACUGAGUGGAGCAGCGGAUAGUUUAAAAAAAUUUCAUGAUUUUUGUUUUACAGGAGAGACAAAAAAGUAUUUAUACCAUUUUCUUUAUGAGAAGGGAGGUCUUACACCGAGUUAUUUAUCUGGGAUAUUACACGGAGCAAAAGCUAAUAUUUGUUAUGCUUUAAAAGAUUUUCAUGAUGUUUGUUUUGAUGAGAAGGGAAACACAACACAGCUUUUAGAUGAUUUCUAUAGGGCAGGUCUUAGGUCGUAUAAUCUAUCAAAUGUAUUAUCCCUGGCAGGAAAUAAUGCUGCUUCUAUUUUAAGAAAUUUUCAUAUAUCAUGUUUUAAGGAAAAUUAUUUAAAUCACUUCUUAGCCGAGGAGGAGCUUUUUACGCCAAAAAAUUUAUCAACUAAGCUAUUAUAUGGAGUAGGAAUUAAUAUUUGUCCUAUAUUUGAAAAAUUACAUAAUCUUUGUUUUGAUAAAGCUGGAAACAAAACAAGUUAUUUAAGCGAUCUUAUCGAAAAUCACCCGCCCCGCGAGAUACUUUACAUAUUACGAGAAAAAAUUUAAAAAGCUCCUUCUACUUUCUUAGAUGGACAAAAUUAUGUGAAGAAGGCAAAGCAACCAAUGCAGGUCCUAAACAAAGUAACUCAUCUGAGAGAAUAGAACAAGAACAAAAUUUAGAUAGUCUACAACAGAGUGAUCCUAAAGCUAAGAGAAAAACUCGGAAGGGUACUACCAAUCGGGGUAGAAACAGACAAGAUGAUAAAAUUUUAGACAGCAACAGGUAGCUCUUGUAUCUCAAGAGAUUUAUCUCCAAAACAAAUACAGUCGGUAUGCCAUAACAAAAAACAAUGAGAGAUGUUUUCACACUUAUCAAAAUUUGUAUCAUCCAUGGAUUGGUAAAGCAAGGGCUUUAUUUGAAGAACCUGGAGUUAAGAUUGAUGGUAAAUGUGUAGCAAUUACAUGUGACUUAUCUCAAGUUUUAUUAUUGCAGAGUGACAAAUCUUUUUUAAGUAACUUCGGCUGAAAUUUAUGAGCAUAUAGCACAAGGUAAGCAGAUAUCUAAAAGGGAAGAAAGAGACGUUUUUGCUUUCAGCAAAUUAUUUGACAGUUUUGAACAACAACUAGAUUCUGCUGCGAAUAGUCUACCUUUAAACAUAAUCAAUACUAAGAGCUACAAAACACUUGGUGGCUUAUCUAAUUGCAUAGCUGAAAUUAAAGGUGACUUUGCUAUCCAUCUAGUUACAAGUAACCACGUUGUUGCUAUUUAUAGAACAGAUGAUAAUUAUACUUAUUUUGACAGUAACACAGCAUUUG